AUGACGACCGAAAAGUUUCGUAAGCUCCCGUUAUCGAUUCUUCAUUUUGGAGAUGUCUAUGACAUUGAUUAUUCAACCACAAAUGCGGUUGGAUUCGGAUACGAUUCCAAGUCUAGAGAUUUCAAAGUGGUUAGGGUUGUAGAAUUUGGGAACAAAUACGGAGAAACUGAUUUCACAUAUAGAGUGGAAAUUUACGAUUUGAGGAAAGAAAGAUGGAGGGAAAUUGAAUCUCCUAUUUGUGGGAUUGUAUCGGGGUCAUUUCCUUCUGAGAUGCGUCAUGAAGGAACAUAUUAUUGGUGGGCAUUCAAAAAAGGAGGAACUAAUAUUAUACACACGUUCGACAUGAGCGAAGAAGUUUUUGGCGAAAUUUCAAUACCGGACAAUGUAGCCGAGGAGGAUGAGAAGUAUAUAAGUACGGGGAUUUUGAAUGGAUCAAUUGUUAUAUUUCACUAUCCAGUAACAGGGAAUGGAAAAACCUUUGACAUUUGGAAGAUGGAGAAAGAUGUCGUUUCAUGGUCAAAACUAUUGACAAUUGGUCCUACUUUUGGAGUCCAGAAGCCAUGGUUGUUUGUGAAUUCGGAUGAACUUUUAAUGGAUGCCAACAAAGGACAAGUGAUUUAUUACAAUAUUAAAACUCAUAUGACCAAUGUUCUUCCGAUAAAAGGGCUUCCAUCCGUGUAUGGUACUUGUUAUUUUGACUUCGAUUUGCAAGAUGAAAGAGAAUCACAUAUGAAUUUUCAAGUUUAG